GGAAAGUUCGGCCACCCACUUAAAUCUUCGAUGACCAUGGGUUUGGUUUCCAGUUUGGGUAUAAUAAAUACCUCAUGCGUAUCUUUCUUCGGAAUCAACCCCCAAAAAAAGUUAAACAACCGCAACAAAUGGGCAUUGAGUCAGCCCUUUUCCUACUCCUUGUGGCUUUCGGUAUGAGCCAUGAGAGCGUGGCCCAGUCAGCUGGUUGCACCACGGCGUUGAUAAGCUUAUCUCCAUGCCUAACUUAUAUCACAGGCAGCGGAGGCUCUUCCACUUCUACUGCUCCAUCUUCUUCUUGCUGCUCGCGCCUUGCCACCGUGGUUCAAUCGCAGCCACAGUGCCUUUGCUCGGCGCUCAAUGGUGGCGCUGCGGUUUCUCUCGGUGUCACUAUCAACCGGACUCGAGCUCUUGGGCUUCCUGCUGCCUGUAGUGUUCAAACGCCGCCACCCAGCCGCUGUAAUGAUGCUAAUGGAGCUGCUGCUGCUCCAGCAAUAUCUCCUAUAAGUUCGCCGGGGAAUUCACCUUCAGAUGACGAAGAACUUGGUGAAGCUCCAACAACACGGGAGACUACUUUUCCUUCGGAAGUAGACUCCAAAUAUGUUCCAAACAACAGGAGGAAUCCCGAGAGCGGCGGCCGGAGCUUAAUCAAGACGCCCUUUUAUGAUCUCACUGUUGUCGGCCUACUUCUGACAGCUCUGUUAUAAGCUGAAUGAAACGACCGACCCCAAGCAAAGAUUAUAUAUUCACAUAUGUAUCGAACCACUAGAAAAAAAAAAAGAAAAAGAAAAAGAAAAAAGUGUCCUUUAAA